CCGCAGUUUGCUCUCAGAAGCAGCUGCGGCUGCUAACAGAAGUGGCUGUUGGGAGAGAGGCCGAGGGAGGCAACGCCGCCUGGUCCUGCCCUAGCAUUUUCCUGCUUAACUCGCCCUGGAGUGUUGGCACCUGUUUUCUCCCUGCGUUCUCCUUGCAGUACACUGCCAGGGAAGGCAGUCAUUCCGGACUUCCGGAAUGCCCAGUCUGGGUUGAAAUAAGAGGUCUGGGUGGAACAGGGGUGUCUGCCCUCUACGAUGACUUUCUAGAAGGAAGCACUAGUGUCUUUUGACAGUGCAGCGCCUAGGGUAAAAGGCCGAAAGGAGGCUUCGGUUACUAAACUGCUUACUUUUUCCUCUGGUGAUCUGGAUUUUUUCCCUCAGCCUCCUCCCCCGCCCCUUCUCUUUCCUUUCCCUCCUUCAGCGAAUUGACACCGGCAGCACCUGCUCGCUGUGUUCAGUAUUGGAACUCACACCUCCUCGGUGAUAACAGUGCCAGCAUACUGGGGACUAGGGGGUGAUUUCCUUUCCUCCUAGCCCAUGAUGCCUGCAGGGGCAGCGAUUGAGCUGCGUGGGGAUCUGGCCGCAGCACUUCGAAGCGGGAUUGAGCGGAGGCAGCUGGCCGGGAGUUGCUGCUAAGUGGACUUGGCGCAAAGUCUCCGAGAGGGCAUCAGCUGGGACCUAUCUGUUAAAAGCCGGAACAGGAGCACCUGAACCGAGGAACUUAAGCGUUUUGGCAGGCGGAGGACUGCCAGGCUCAGAGUCGCUUCUUGCUACCCCGAACCUCCCCAGGACUCUCGUACAUCGGAGACGCGGGACCUGCAAGACCCUGGGAACUAGAGAAGUACGUGGCAAAGGCUGCUUUCCUGAAGGUGAACUGUUCUGUCCAAUUGCCUUUCCCCAGAGAGCAGAAGGGAGGGCGGGAGAGAGGGAACGGAAGAUGUGUGAGUGUGUGUAUGUGUGAGAGACAGAGACGACGUGUAGGGAGAGGAAAAGUCUUUAUUCGGCCUUAAAAGCAAACGAAUCAGAGAUGGAACAAGAGUGGUAAUUGCUGCAAGAUCGCUUUGAUUCUCGCAGUCGGGGGAGCUGAGCGCACCGCGCGCAUCCAGCGAGGACAGCGGGCGACCGCGGACGCAGGCUAGGGCUGCGAGACUUUGGCUUUUCCUCAGUAAACAAGUAUUUCGAUUACUUGGGCGUGUGAAAAAACGAGGGGAGAAAAGAGUCGAGGCUCCCGCACGUCACCUUCCACCCACUUUAAGGGGAUUCCAGUUUGGAUUGUCAAGAGAUUGCUGGACCCUUUUUGCCAUCGGAGGAGGAAACACACGCGCGCGCUCACACGCACGCUCAGGGCUACACUCACACGCCCUCCACGAGCACGCACCACCAGACUUCGGUUCCCUAUGCCCCAGAACGGUGACGGCGGAUUGGCCUCUUGGAAGCGAUGCAAGAGCGAUAAGGCUGGCGCGGGCCCGCGGAAGCUGCAGGAGCAUCGCUAGGUGUUGCCGCCACCAGGAAGCCGGGCUGCAGCAGUCCUACCAGUAUGUAAUAGCAUUCAUGCAUUCCAUAUCUGGGCACUGAGACUCCAAGUUGUUAAAUAAACCCGACAAAUGCAUUUAACUAUUAUGUGCCAGAGCCAGGAUCACAUUCAGGAUGAGUAAGAGAUACUUACAGAAAGCAACAAAAGGAAAACUGCUAAUAAUAAUCUUUAUUGUAACCUUGUGGGGGAAAGUCGUAUCCAGUGUAAACCAUCAUAAAGCUCACCAUGUUAAAACGGGCACUUGUGAGGUGGUGGCACUCCACAGAUGCUGUAAUAAGAACAAGAUAGAAGAACGGUCACAAACAGUCAAGUGCUCCUGCUUCCCUGGGCAGGUGGCAGGCACCACACGGGCUGCUCCAUCUUGUGUGGAUGCUUCAAUAGUGGAACAGAAAUGGUGGUGCCAUAUGCAACCGUGUCUUGAGGGAGAGGAAUGUAAAGUUCUUCCAGAUCGGAAAGGAUGGAGCUGUUCCUCUGGGAAUAAAGUGAAAACAACAAGGGUAACCCAUUAACCAAGGAUAAGUCAAGUGAUCCUCAAGGCCAACUACAUUGAACAUCUGCGUAGAAGUAUAACUCCUGAGGUGAUCUUGAAGGAAGAUUUUUAUAUUGCCCAGAAGAAGCACUUGAGUCUGUUAUUUCCGGGGGAUUUCAUGGCUCAUAAUCAACUUCUUGGAAACAAGACAUUUAAAAAGUCAGACAUGAACUUCUACAUUAUGAAGCUUUCAUCAGAUCUGAACUGUGUUCAACUUGUAUAAUUGCACUUGCAAAAAGAAUUUGAAGUUGCUGUCUGAAGAGUUUGCAUUUCCGGAUGGUGUUAGAGAUACUAACCUUUUGAGCUCUUGGCUCCAAAGAAGUGCUUUUCUUGUUUCUGAACUUCUCCUACAUGCACUAGCCUCUGUCAUAGUCCUGUUCCCAGGUCCUGUGUUCACGGGCAAGGACCGCACAUGGCUUCAGUGACAUUUCCUUUGCGAACUUCUCCUCUGGCAUGGUGUGGAGUGAGACAGUUUUAUUUGUAUCCUAAUCUUGGAGCUCUGAAAGCCCACAGGUUUUAACAUCUUAAGUUGCUUUUGUUAAAGGAAUGGAACUAUAUAUCCAUUGAUAAUAAUUAUUGUUGGCAAGUAAUAGUUAUCUGAAUACAUCAAUCAUAUAAGAAUGUAUAGACAAGCUGACAUGUUUCCCCAAGGCUAACACACUACUGCAGCUGUCAGCUAAAUAGGUAGUAGAUAGAAACUGAAUUACCAUUUUCAUUAUAUACUACUACUUGGUACCUCUAGAGUACUCUCCCUGUCAUUUUUUUUUUUAAUUGGACAUUUUCUUUCAUUUUUAUCUUUACUCUUUUCCUUCACAGAAUCAGCAGUGGGCAGUCAAAUAUUUAGGCAAACUUCAGUUUCAAAAAAUUGCCAGGGAUGCAUGUGGGUUUUGAUUUCUUAGCUUGAAAGUUACUCAGAUUUCUUAAAGUUUUUUUUUUUUUAAACCAUCCUUUCUAUCUCAUUUGAAAAAGACCAUCUCUUGCUUGAUCCCAAUGACUGUUUGAAUGCCUACCUAUUUGUUUGAUUUGUUUGUUCGGUCUGUUGGUAUAGUAAAUUGUUCUUUUCCUUGGUCUCACAUUUAUAAAUAUUUGCUUGUAGUUGUCCCCUUCAAUUACUUAGGUUACUUUUUGUCCACUUUUUUUGUAGCCCUUUUAACAUUUGUGGUUUUCAGUUGUACAGGAAAAUCGUAUAAACAUUUAAAGGCCUUAAACAAGUAUGUACCUUUUUUCUAAGUUAUUCACAGAAUGUAUAAUUUUAUACUGUCUUUGUUUUGUUUCAUUUGCCAUGUGGAGGGAGAGAAGAAUGGAAAUUGCAUAGCCAUCCUAUCAUAAUAUUGUGUAAAUGUACAGUUUGAAGGAAUGUAAAGGAAGAGGCUUCUGUGUUUCACUCAUCUUAGACUAAUACGAAGAUACUUCAGGAAUUGCCCUAUUAGAAGUUCCAUUAUGUUAGAGACAGUGUGGACAUCUUUUGUAUUUUUAAAACUCACUGACAUGGCCAAUUAGAUAUAUGUUGCUUUCUAUGAUGGAGGCUGUCAGACAGACCAAAGCUCUCCAGGGUAAGUUGGUGACAACUUUCAGAAACCAAUGCAUUACCCAGAAUAUUUUUUUUCAAGAGAAUGGCUCAAAGUGUAAAAUUUGUUUAAAAAAAUUAAAUUUGUAAAGUAUGCCAUUAACAUUGAACUAAAAUAUACUGCCCCACAGUCCACAGAAUGAAGUGAUUUUCUCUUUCCAUUUUAAGUAUGCAUAAAGUUAGAUGGCUCUGAGUGAAUUUUGCAAUGGUUCAAGACAGCCUGAAUUCAUAAAGAAAGGAAGAACAGUUGUGCUGGAGUUUCUGCAUUAGUGAUAAAUAUCAUUAAUUUCUUUGGAACAAAGUGGAAAAUUACAUUAUUUUGGAAAUUAUGAAUUUGUCCCAGGUUUGAAAUUAUAGAUCAUGCCUCUCAUUUUUUAAACUAUGUCCUUUAAAACAACACUGGAAAUUCUGUAUUAUAUUCAAGUGUAAUACAUGCAUAUCGAUAGAAAAAAUAAAUGGAAUUUCAAAUAUACUAACUAGGUUAUCCUCAGUAGAUUAAUGUUGUGACUCCUCAGAAAAGGUGAAUAAAGUUGGAAUAUAAAAUGGACUUUUUCAUGAAUUAUA